CAGGAGGCGUGAGGAAUGUGGAAUACGUGCAGCCUUGCACCAGAAAUGCAUGCAGCCAUGUAUGGAUGUUAUCACUUGGAAUGGAACAGAUAUGCAAUUCUUCAUGACCAUGAUCAGCAACUUCAAAUUCACAUUCUGGCUUGCUGCAUGUGUGCAUAGCUUGAAAGGCCGGGUAGCAAACAACUACCGACAUCUAUCACAAUAUCUGACCGGUUUGAGAACAUCCAUCAUAAAUCAUCUCCAAAUGGCUAAGACAAUUGCCAGAUGUUACUUCUGCUUAUCCCAACUAUCCCAUACCUUAAUCUGAUUAUGCAGUGAGUUGUCUCACUCUUAUGUGGGGCUCAACCUGCUUUUCGGUUCAGCCCCUUUAUUCAGGCUGAAGCACUUCGCUAUUGCUGUCAUCAAGCAAACAUCACAAGAAUAACUAUUUGGCUCUGAUAUAUUCAUAAUCGUGGCGAGCACAG